CCGCCGGAUCCCGCCCGGCCACCGCGCUGCCACCGCCUGGGAGCCGCCUGUGACACGUGCUCCAACUCUGUCCGGGCUCUGGUGACUGCGGCCUGGGUCUCGCGUGCGGGCCUGAGUGGGCUAUGGCGGUGGCUGCGGCGGAAACGCGCGUGUUCCUGGAAGUGCGGAGACGGCUGCAGAGCGCGCUGCUGAUCCUGGGUGAGCCAGAUGAAGGAGGGAUGAACCUGGACGUUUCUAUAACGCCCACCUCACUCUUGAUGCGGACCCCUGACGGCUGCACCGAGACCCAGCUUCCAGCAGAGGUCAGGCUUGUGCCUUCCUCGUGCGGCGGCUUGCAGUACAUCCGUGGAGAUGGGUUGCAUCUGCGUCUGCAGGCUCGCACUGAAUCAGGCCCAGAGCUGAUUUCGGUGUUUAAUCAAAGCUUGAAAGCCCAAGAAUGUUGCACAUUUUAUUGCCAGUCCUGUGGUGAAGUCACGAUAAAGGACAGGAAGCUCCUCAGGGUGCUCCCACUGCCGAGUGAGAACUGGGGCGCUCUGGUUGGAGAGUGGUGCUGUCAUCCUGACCCCUUUGCUAAUAAGCCUCUACAUCCACGAGAAAAUGACUGUUUUAUUGGGGACACUUUCUUCUUAGUGAAUUUGAGAAGUGAUUUGGAACAGGAACCAAAAGCAAAUACCAAAGUCAUUUGUAAGCGUUGCAAGGUAGUGUUGGGAGAGACCAUAUCAUCAGAGACAACUAAAUUUUACAUGACAGAGAUAAUUAUUCAGCCAUCUGAGGGAAGUUUUCCUAAUAUACCAAGGUCUCAGUUUGUUCAGAGUGUCAUUGCCCGGUGCCUGGUGGAACUCUCCUCUGCGAGAAGCACUUUUAGAUUCACGAUUCAAGGUCAGGAUGGCAAAGUGUACAUCUUGCUCUGGAUAUUAAACUCAGACAGUUUGGUGAUUGAACCACUGAGAAGUUCCAGGUGUGUCAGGAAGUUCCCGCUGUUGGAAAAUGCAUCGGAAGCUGACUCCAGCUCUGCCUGGAAUGCAGUCAAAGUCCUCUACCAGCCCUGCAUCAAAAGCAGGAAUGAAGAGCUUGCCAGCUCAUGGGAAAGUGACAUCAGUGUCCACCCUUUAACCCUGCCCUCUGCAACCUGCCUGGAGCUGCUGCUGAUACUGGCGAGGAGCAAUGCCUCACUGCCUCUGUCCCUUCGUCAGAUGAAUUCCUUUCAGGUGGCCUUUUUGAAGAUAUAGCUGUUGAAUCUUGUAACACGAAAAAAAAUAAAAGACCCAGAGGCUGAUAUUGGGGUUCAAGCUUCAAGCUGAAGAUCAGAAAAGCAAAGCAGCCGACCAUUAGCUCUUACCUCUACCUUAACUCAGACCAAAGGGCCGGUCCUCAAACUGCUCCCGACUUCACUGCUCCUCAGAUUCACUCAGACUGCUAUGCUCUCCUUAAUAUGGUUAGAGACUCUCGAGUCUUCAAUGUCUUCCUAUCCUCAGUGUGGCUGGAGAAUGAUUACCAGCUCUGAUACCCUGUUCCUGUCUUAGAUACCUCUCCUGAGUCCUGGGAUUAAAGGUGUGUACCACCUCUGCCUGAUCUCUUUAGCUUGAGGCUGACUUUGCUUUCUGAAUCUUCAGGCAAGCCUUAAUAAAUCAAAUAAUGCCUCACCACAGAAGCUGAGGCUUUCUGGUCGACCAGCAGACAGCUCUCCAGCACAGAGCACAGCCAAGGCCGGGAGUCUGCCAAGUUGAACAAGAACUAGAGCUGCAGAAUGAGGACCUCGUGCUAAAAUUUCCUGUUACUUGUCUGCAUUUAUUCUUUAAGCAUUGACUUUAGAUCCAUGGAUGCCCAAGUCUACAAGGAAAGUUGUAGUAGCAGGCUGUAUAGAAGUAUAAAGUCACACCUCUACUUCCCACAGAGAGGAAUAUUCAAAUCUAUGCUGUGUCAGCACCACCUGGAAGCAUAUUAGCUAAUGGAAACCCAUCUGUCCUAUGUGAACACAGCAAGGAACUUCACUGGGGAGCUGAAUGUUAACUGCUGUAAAUCCUAGGAAAUAAACUUUUAAAGAGCUCCGGGUUUGUUUAAGACACAUUUUAAAAAACUGAAAGGUAGAAGUUUUCAUAUCCAAUUCAAAGAAGGCGCUUGUUGGUGUUUGCUGAAUGAGUGAUUAUCCAAUUAAAGUUUUCCUGAGGGUGUAAAA